CGAAAAACUCCAAUGAGCCCUUCUCUUUCCUCAGCAUCGGCCACAGUCAUCUCCAUCCAAAGAAACCCUAAAAUUUGCUUCUUCCCUUGGUUUCCUUGUUCAGCCGUGAAAUCUGGUUCGUCUGUUAGUAUUUCUUAACAGGAGGCAAUUUCAUUGUGCGGGGCUUGUAAAGUCCAGAUUCUAGGAGUGAGUUUGUUAUUUGUAUAGCUAUGAGUAAGCGAAAGCGGCCUGACGAAAAAUCACCCGCCGAUUCGUUAACCGAACAUGAACGGAUUCUAUACAAUGCAAUUCGUAGCAAACAAGAUAUUGGUAUCUGGGCAAGAGACCUGAAAAGAGAGAUAAACCUUCCGGACACCAUGGUGAACAAAUCAUUGAAGUUACUUCAAGCUAAGAAUUUGAUUAAAGAGGUUGUAAACAUCCAAAACAAGGGGAGGAAACACUUGAUGGCAGUGGAAUUUGAGCCAUCAAAAGAAAUUACAGGUGGGGCAUGGUAUGUGGAUGGGAGCCUCGACACGAAUUUCAUAAAGGAAUUGAAAGGUGUCUGUGUGCGGCUGAUAAAUGGGCAGAAAGUUGCUACAUUGGAUGGAGUUGCAGAUGUCAUCCGAACUAGGAUUUCGCAAGUUCCCUUGACGAAACCCCAAAUCGAGGAGAUCCUGAAGGCACUGGUGUUGGAUAAUGAGAUUGUGGAAGUAAAGAGCACUGGUACUGGAGAGUUUGCUUCGAUUCCAGUUGGAAAAGUUUGCUAUAAGUGCACAAGUAAAGCAGGAAGUGCCGGACAACCAAAGUUGGGAGCCUUUGCUACCAUUCCUUGCGGUGUCUGUCCUCAGAUUAGUCGCUGUACGCCUGACGGUAUCAUCUCCCCCCAAACCUGUAAAUACUACACCAAGUGGCUUGAAUUUUAAGUUCCAUCUUAUUUUUCUCCUCCUUAUGGUUAUGGUUUUACUGAGAAUUGACAUGUCGAACUUCUAACUCGUUCCUAAUUUGGUAAGAAGAUCUGAAAAGUUAACUAA